AGAGAGCAAAUUCUUGAUUUUGUUUAAAAAAUAAAAGGAAUGCCUUUUGCUUUUUCUCUCUACUGUAUAGCGUAGUAUAAUUAACCAAUCUUUUUUUCCAGCAAAUACCCAGUUGCCGUUUCUUCUUGUUUAGGCUUCUUCUUUCUCCUCCCAUGUGACUCCAACCGUUCCUCUCUCCUUCUUUGUCUCUCUCUUUCUCUCUCUUUGUCUCCUGCAUUUUCCUCUCUGUAUCCUAUUCUCUUUUACUUCUUUUCUUGAAUCAGUUCUGUGCUCAUUUUGGAGAUGGAGUUUCUGGCCAAGACAGGGCGUUUGACAGUGAAGCAAAUCUAGUUUCUCUCUCUAUCAUUCGCAUGCGAUUGUGGGCUGGAAAAUUCGGACUUGAAGAUCGAAUUGAAGAGAAAAGAGGCUGCUUUCGUAGCAUUUGGGUGAUGGGUUCUUGAGUUCUUCAGCUUUAGUUAACUGAGGUAGAAGAUCUUAUCUUUUCUUUCGUACAAGUUCCGGUUUUUGAAAAUCAGUAAAGAAGAAAUUUUCAAACUUGACGUGACAAUGAGGGAUUUCCCUUCUUGUUUUGGUGAGAAUGGCGUCCAAGUUGCUGAUUCCUCAUCCUCAGGUACAAACAAAGCUGCACAAAAUCUAGUCACUUGUGUUUAUCAGUGUAAAUUACAUGGUCGUUCUUGCUUGAUUACUGUCACAUGGACCAAAAAUCUUAUGGGUCAAGGCCUUAGUGUUGCAAUUGAUGAUUCUACUAAUCAAUGCAUCUGUAGAGUUGAUAUAAAGCCAUGGUUGUUUUCCAAGAGAAAAGGGUCAAAGAAUCUAGACUCAGAUUCUGGUAAAAUUGACAUAUCAUGGGAUUUCUCUAAUGCUAAAUUUGGUUCUGGGCCAGAACCAGUGGAAGAUUUCUUUUUGGCUGUUGCAUUUAACAAAGAAAUGGCUUUGCUCCUCGGAGAUAUGAAGAAGGAAGCGUACAAGAAAAUUGACAAUUCUCCUGUUGACUCCAAUGCCGUUUUCAUUGCCAAGAGAGAACACAUAUUUGGGAAGAAAUUUUAUGGUGCCAAGGCUCAGUUUUUUGAUAAGGGGCAGAUGCAUGAUGUGUCAAUUGAAUGUGACACAGUGGAUCUAAAAGAUCCUAGCCUUGUGAUCCGGAUUGAUAGCAAGACUGUUAUGCAGAUCAAGCGGCUAAAAUGGAAGUUCAGGGGAAAUCACACCAUUUUGGUGGAUGGUCUUCCUGUGGAAGUAUUUUGGGAUGUGCAUAAUUGGCUUUUUGGGAAUUCUAUGGGGAAUGCAGUUUUCAUGUUUCAAACUUGUCUCUCUUCAGAGAAAUUCUGGGCCAGCCAAUCCAUUUUUGAUCCUUCUAAGUUAUCCUGGUCUUACUCUCAUCAACUUAGAGAAUAUCAGUUACAAGGUCUUGGUUUCUCGUUGGUACUGUAUGCUUGGAAGAACGAAUAGAAGUGUUAAACUUUCUGCUAUAAGGUUUUGUAUACAAUGCAAUUGAAUUACAGUAAAAGUGACUUAUAUAUGAUUAUCACUUUGCUUCUCCUCAUUUUUCUUCUCUUGUCUAUAGCUUAUAAUAAUAUAUAACUGUGUGAACUUAUGCACUCUUGUGUUUCUAUUGCUUGGACCAAUGCUACCUGUAUCAUUUUUUUGCCUAGCCAUGAAACAAGAUAAGUUCCAAAAUUCUGGUUGCAUAUUGGGUUUUGGCAACAAGAAAUGAAGGCAAAAGAUUUCAGUGAGAUUAAGCUUCCUUUUUAUACUGCAACUAAGGCUGGCUAAUCUUGUACUUUGAGCUAUAAGUCUUGCUUUUUCCAGAAACCAGAUAUUCAGAAUUAACUGCUCUAGACCUUUCUUCUUGAUUUUGAUAUUCAGCCAUUAUUUACAAUUUUCGUCUAUAGGUGUUGAAGAUUUAGGGCCUUGAUAUAAAGCCAGAGCCAAGGACAGGUACUUCAAAAUCUUUGCAUUGUAUAUUAGAUUAUCAUCAUUGUAUAUUUUCUGUUCAUGGUUUGGAAGAGAAGACUUGGACCCAUAAUUGAUAAACAGUAGUUCUGAAUCCCCUUUCAUGGCUUUUUUUUCUUUCUUUUUUUGUUUGUUUCAACGGAAUGGUCAAGGGGAUUUCUGUUAAGAAAGAACCAUCCCUUCAAGAGUGUAUACAAGUUAUAAUGAAAUAUGGAUUGCUAUUA